AUGCAUCAGCUUUCAAAGGCGCUUCAUACAGUCCGGGUUAGAUUCUCUUUUCCAGGAACUCCAUUUGCAUACUCAAUUGCGUCGUCUGCCUUGCUAUACCAACGAUCCAUCUCCAACCAGCUUUGCCCCUCAUUCCCCUCCUCAACACACAAAAGACCAUACUCUACAGCAAUGGGCUCCGUCACAUAUGAAAACAAGGGUGCUGAAGGCAUUCCUUACUAUACACCUGCUCAGUUUCCCCCAGCUGGUACCCCCGAGGAUGCCGUCAACGCUCCCACGCUUUUCACCCCGCUGAAGGUCCGUUCGGUGGAAACGAGCAACCGCUUUGUUGUGUCUCCCAUGUGCAUGUACAGCGCAGACGAUGGCCACCUGACGGACUUCCAUCUUGUCCAUCUUGGCAAGUUUGCCCUCCACGGAGCUGGUAUGGUCAUGGUCGAGGCCACUGCUGUUGAGCCUCGCGGACGUAUCACCCCUCAAGACUCUGGUCUCUGGCAGGACUCUCAGAUUGAGCCUCUGCGCCGCAUCGUCGACUAUAUCCACGGCCAAAACACCAAGGCUGCUAUUCAAAUUGCCCAUGCCGGACGCAAGGCAAGCACUUUGGCGCCUUGGAUUGGCGGCACUGUCAGUAAAACCGUUGCCGAUGAGAGCGUCGGCGGCUGGCCCACUGACGUUUGGGGCCCCAGCACCAUUCCCUUUGCUGAGGACUAUGCUGCUCCCCACCAAGUUACAAAGGAAGAGAUUAAGCAGGUCGUCCAGAAGUUCGCCGAGACUGCUCAGAGAGCUGUCAAGGCCGGCUUCGAUGUCAUCGAGAUCCACGGUGCCCACGGAUACUUGAUCUCUAGCUUCCUCUCUCCCCUCAGCAACAACCGUACCGAUGAAUACGGUGGUAGCUUCGAGAACCGAACCCGAAUUGUACGCGAAGUUGUUGCAGCCGUCCGGGCUGUGAUUCCCGAUACCAUGCCCCUCUGGCUGCGCCUUUCUGCAACCGAAUGGAUGGAAUACAACGGCCAGCCUUCAUGGGACCUCGAACAGACUACACAGCUUGCCAAGCAGCUCUCUGGCCUCGGUGUUGAUGUCCUUGACGUCAGCAGUGGAGGCAACAACAACAAGCAACAGAUCAAGGUCACUCAGACCUUCCAGACAGACUUUGCCAAGCAUAUCCGCAAGGCUAUCAAGGCAGAGGGACUUCCUCUUUUGAUCGGCGCUGUUGGAGGCAUCCGCGACGCUGAGUUUGCCAAGAAGGUUGUGCAGGCUGGAGGCGCUGAUGAACCAUCUGCGGACUAUGCCCUUGUUGGUCGCCAAUUCUUGCGCGAGCCUGAGUUUGUCCUCCGCACAGCUCACCAACUCCAAACACCUGUCAAGUGGCCUAAUCAGUACCACCGUGCUGGGCCUCCCCGUUCAACUUCUAAGUUUUAA